AUGGAAGCGCUGCGUCUUGUAACUAGCUUAGACCUUGAAGAUGAACGGAGCAACAACACGUUAAAUUACAAAAUCAAUGACGCUAUUUUAAAAGAACGGAGCAACAACACGUUAAAUUACAAAAUCAAUGACGCUAUUUUAAAUGAACGGAGCAACAACACGUUAAAUUACAAAAUCAAUGACGCUAUUUUAAAUGAACGGAACAACAACACGUUAAAUUACAAAAUAAAUGUCGCUAUUUUAAAUGAACGGAGCAACAACACGUCAAAUUACAAAAUCAAUGACGCUAUUUUAAAUGAACGGAGCAACAACACGUUAAAUUACAAAAUCAAUGACGCUAUUUUAAAUGAACGGAGCAACAACACGUUAAAUUACAAAAUCAAUGACGUUAUUUUAAAUGAACGGAACAACAACACGUUAAAUUACAAAAUAAAUGUCGCUAUUUUAAAUGAACGGAGCAACAACACGUUAAAUCACAAAAUCAAUGACGCUAUUUUAAAUGAACGGAGAAACAACACGUUAAAUUACAAAAUCAAUGACGCUAUUCUAAAUGAACGGAGCAACAACACGUUAAAUCACAAAAUCAAUGACGCUAUUUUAAAUGAACGGAGAAACAACACCAACAACACGUUAAAUCACAAAAUCAAUGACGCUAUUUUAAAUGAACGGAGAAACAACACGUUAAAUUACAAAAUCAAUGACGCUAUUUUAAAUGAACGGAGCAACAACACGUUAAAUUACAAAAUCAAUGACGCUAUUUUAAAUGAACGGAGAAACAACACGUUAAAUUACAAAAUCAAUGACGCUAUUUUAAAUGAACGGAGAAACAACACGUUAAAUUACAAAAUCAAUGACGCUAUUUUAAAUGAACGGAGCAACAACACGUUAAAUCACAAAAUCAAUGACGCUAUUUUAAAUGAACGGAGAAACAACACGUUAAACUACAAAAUCAAUGACGCUAUUUUAAAUGAACGGAGCAACAACACGUUAAAUCACAAAAUCAAUGACGCUAUUUUAAAUGAACGGAGAAACAACACGUUAAAUUACAAAAUCAAUGACGCUAUUUUAAAUGAACGGAGCAACAACACGUUAAAUCACAAAAUCAAUGACGCUAUUUUAAAUGAACGGAGCAACAACACGUUAAAUUACAAAAUCAAUGACGCUAUUUUAAAUGAACGGAGCAACAACACGUUAAAUCACAAAAUCAAUGGCGCUAUUUUAAAUGAACGGAGCAACAACACGUUAAAUCACAAAAUCAAUGACGCUAUUUUAAAUGAACGGAGCAACAACACGUUAAAUCACAAAAUCAAUGACGCUAUUUUAAAUGAACGGAGAAACAACACGUUAAAUCACAAAAUCAAUGACGCUAUUUUAAAUGAACGGAGCAACAACACGUUAAAUUACAAAAUAAAUGUCGCUAUUUUAAAUGAACGGAGCAACAACACGUUAAAUCACAAAAUCAAUGGCGCUAUUUUAAAUGAACGGAGAAACAACACGUUAAAUUACAAAAUAAAUGUCGCUAUUUUAAAUGAACGGAGAAACAACACGUUAAAUUACAAAAUCAAUGACGUUAUUUUAAAUGAACGGAACAACAACACGUUAAAUUACAAAAUAAAUGUCGCUAUUUUAAAUGAACGGAGCAACAACACGUUAAAUCACAAAAUCAAUGACGCUAUUUUAAAUAAACGGAGAAACAACACGUUAAAUUACAAAAUAAAUGUCGCUAUUUUAAAUUAA